GCGGGUGCGUUCCCGCAGCAACAGGGAAGAUGGCAGCCCUCACAUCUCUCACCCAGCUGUCGAGUGGGAACUCUGUAUAUGAGAACUUUUACAGACAGGUUGAUCCUGGGAAUACAGGGAGAGUGGGACCAACUGAAGCUGCCCUAUUCUUAAAAAAGUCUGGACUCCCUGACAUCACAUUGGGAAAGAUCUGGGAUUUGGCAGAUCCUGAUGGCAAAGGCUAUCUGGACAGACAGGGGUUUUAUAUAGCUCUGCGGCUGGUGGCCUGUGCUCAGAGUGGUCAGGAAGUCAGCCUGUCCAGCCUUAACCUUACAGUCCCACCUCCGAAGUUUAAGGACACCAGCAGUCCAUCUCUGAGCACCACAACUUCUGCCUCAGGCGAAUCACACUGGGCUGUCAGGCAUGAGGAGAAGAAUAAAUUUGAUGGGAUUUUUGAAAGCUUGGCCCCUGUCAAUGGCCUGCUGUCAGGCGAGAAAGUCAAACCAGUUCUGAUCAACUCCAAGCUACCUCUGGAUGUCCUUGGGAAGGUUUGGGACCUGAGUGACAUAGAUAAAGAUGGCCAUCUGGACAAAGAUGAGUUUGCAGUGGCCAUGCACCUGGUGUACCGGGCUUUGGAAAAGGAGCCUGUCCCUGCACUCCUCCCAUCUGCCCUCAUCCCUCCAUCUAAGAGGAAGAAGAGUCUUGGCUCAGCAACCAGCUCUGUCCCUGGACUACCUGCAAGCCCUCCACCACCAAAAGACUCACUGCGCUCCACACCCUCCCACGGAAGCAUGAACUCCCUCAACAGCACCGGCAGCCUGUCUCCCAAACAUACACUCAAGUCUGGACAGCAUUUGGUGAACUGGGUGGUACCAGUAUCAGAGCGUGGUCGCUAUGAUGACAUCUUCUUGAAGACGGAUGCUGAUCUAGAUGGAUUUGUCAGUGGACAGGAAGUAAAGGAUAUUUUCAUGCAGUCUGGACUUUCUCAGAAUGUCCUUGCACAUAUAUGGGCUUUGGCAGACACACGGCAGAUAGGCAAGCUGACCAGGGAGCAGUUUGCCCUCGCCAUGCAUCUCAUCCAGCAGAAAGUUAGCAAGGGCAUUGACCCUCCACAAGCCCUGACUGCUGACAUGAUUCCGCCCUCUGAAAGAGGCACUCCUGUACCAAGUAUGUCUGGAUACAUGACUCCAGUGGGAUCAGAGAUGGCUGCUUUGUCGGAAAUGAGACGAGCUAUAUUGUUCAAGUUGUGGGACAGCUCUAGUUCAGUGGGUUCAGGAGAGUUUACCGGCAUCAAAGAGUUGGAUGACAUCAGCCAGGAGAUAGCCCAGUUGCAGAGCACUCUUGCCUUUACCCAGUGGAAUACUCUCAGGGAGAAGUAUACUCUGGAGCAGGACAUCAGGGAGACGGAGGAGGCCAUCAGACAUAAGAGUGUCGAGGUACAGGAGAUGCAGAACGACCUUGACAGAGAGACAACCAGUCUGCAGGAGCUAGAGGCUCAGAAACAAGAUGCUCAGGACCGCCUGGAGGAGAUGGACCAACAGAAACAUAAAUUAGAAGACAUGCUGAAUGAAGUCCGGAUGAAGUGCCAGGAGGAGUCCCAGAUGAUCUCAACCCUCCAGAGUCAGAUCCACUCCCAGGAGUCAGACUUGCAGUGCCAGGAAGAAGAACUGAGCCGGGCAAAGGCUGACCUUGGCCGGUUGCAGCAGGAGGAGAAUCAGCUGGAGCAGAGCUUGGCUGCUGGCAAGAUCCAACUAGAGACCAUCAUCAAGUCUUUGAAGGCCACCCAGGAUGAGAUCAACCAGGCUCGAAGCAAAUUGUCCCAGAUUCAGGACAGUCAGCAAGAAGUGUCUAAAAGCAUUGAGCAGUACAACAGCACCUUAAAUGGAACUCAUGGAGGCAGUAUGACCAACCUGGCUGACAUGAGCGAGGGUUUCAGUGACAGAGAGAAUGGAGGAUUCCCAGCCGUGGUGAGAGCAGCACAGGAAGAUCCAUUCAAAGUGAAGCCGUCAGUGUUCAACAGCCAGCCACAGGAGCUUCACACUGACCCCUUCCACUCUGAAGACCCCUUCAAAACAGACCCAUUCAAAGGUGACCCUUUUCAAAAUGACCCUUUUGCAAAGCAGCAGCCAACAUCCACAGCAGACCCGUUUGGAGGAGACCCAUUCAAAGAGACUGAUCCAUUCAAGGCUUCAUCAGAAGAUUUCUUCAAAAAGACCACAAAAAUGGAUCCCUUCUCCACACCAGACCCCUUUAGUAAAAGUGCAACCUUACCUUCCAAGCAAGCCAGUCACUUCACAAGCAGUGACCCAUUUUCCUCAAGCCACCCAAAACCCAAAGGACCAGAUCUCUUUGGCACAUUGGACCCGUUUGGCAGCAGUUCAUUCAGCAGUAGCAGUAACAACUCUCCUGGAUUUGCAGACUUCAGCCACAUGUCAAAGCCCAGAGACCCUUUUGAAGGAAGGGCUAGCUGGCUGCCAGACUACCAGAAGCCAGUUUUUGUGGAGGACCCAUUUAGCAGGAAGAAUGACACACCAGCUCUGCCUCCGAAGAAAAGUGUUCCCCCGAGACCCAAACCACCCAGUGGUAAGACUACGCCUGUGAGCAUGAGUGGCACAGCUGACUCUUCCAAACCAUGUGACCCCUUUCAGCCAUUCAGCGGUGACGUCAUUGACCCGUUUCAGAAUAAAAAGGGCUUGGGAGACCCAUUCAGCGGCAAAGAUCCUUUCGCCCCAUCCUCAGCAUCAAGACCUGACAAAGUCAAGCUUGGGAAUGAGGCUCAGCAGUUGGAGUGGGCAAAGCGUGAGAGUGAGCGAGCAGAGCGCGAGCGACUGAAAAGGCUCAGACAGCAGGAGCAGGAGGACCUGGAGCUGGCCAUUGCCCUCAGCAAGGCAGAGAUGUCCAAUGCAUGACCUGGAAUCCUUACCACACGCAAAUGCACACAUAGCCAUAGACUGGCUGACAUGCAGAUAAAUGUGACUGACAUCUAAAUAUUCAGACGUGAAGUACUUCACUGGACUAACUUCCAAGUGUUUGUGGAAACUGCCGCACACACACACACACACACACACACACACACACACACACACACACACACACACACACACACACACACACACACACACACACACACACACACACACACACACACACACACACACACACACACACACACACACACACACAGACAGGACCAGCACCUCCACACUCAAUGAGUCAAAGCAGAAGGAACUCCCAGGCAAGUCUGGUGGCUGACCCUACGUUUAAAAUCAUUACAACCAAACUGUGGGCCAAAAACUCAUCACUGCAAAACUCUCCUGCUGACAUGAAGAGAAGGAGAGCUGAGGUAUGGAUGACAUUAGGAGGAGGAGGCAAGAGGGCUUGAUGGGAACGAACGGAUGCACUGUGUAUAUGCACUAUAGUGGCUGGAUAAUAAUGUGAUGAAUCCGUUCACUGGACUAAGCAGACAAGCUGAUCAUCGCAGAUGAAACACCUCGACAGUUUGUAUUUGAGCAUGGUAUAUUUUUUCUCCAUGUCAUGAUAACAAAAUUUCCUGUCAUUAGCAAAAGCAGAAAUAGAUGUUUUCUUUCAGUGUAAGAAGCAACAGUGAAGAAAAAUGAUACUACAAACUGGCCAGGUUUUUCUUGGAGGGGAUUUCUUUCUCUUCUAUAGCACUGCGCUGCUGAUGGUUCUAGACUGUGUCAGUUACUAUACUGUGUUGAGUUGUUUUGCUGGUCAGAAAAUGCAACAGAAGGAGGUGUUACAUAAGUACUUGUUAUUGAGGGGCCUAUGGGGAAGACUGGAUUUUGCACUGCUCAGGAUUGAGAAUUUUCAAUUCCUAGAUUUUAGGUCAUCGUCUUUUUUUCACAAUUACCUUCCUAACCCAGACUCGGAUGAGAUGUGAGAACAUCGAUAUUGAGUUUUUUUUUUUUUUUUUUUUUUUUACCUCAGAAGGAAGUUGUUUUCAUCUGCUGCGUAGGCAAAACUCUGCAGAGAUGAAAAUUUUAUUCUUUUUAUCAUCUGACUCUGGGUCAGCAUUUGUCCCAAAUAUCAUGUUUCCUUUUAAUUUAAACCACCAGGUUAGAGACAUUCACCUGAAGUAAUAAUCCAAGGCUGGAUUAAUCACCAGACCAAGUGAGCAGCGCAGAGCCGUAUGGCCCAAAAUGUGACACUUAGUUUGUGGUAAUUUAUUUUAGGAAACAGUAUACACUACUUGCAUUAUUAUCUGUUCAAAAGACCAGACAGUCAAAGUGGAGACAAACCCAGUGAAGUCACGAGGACAGCAUGAGGAGGGAUUUUUCUUAGAAUUGAUGAAGCCCCCUUUAGGCCUCAUUACACAGUUCUUACAUAGACAUCUUAUUUUUCAUUGUGCUUGUAGAGUAGUACUGAUCAUAAUGUGACAACAUAUUUAUUUGGAAAACAAAUAGAUGUUUAUGUUGUAACUAUGUUAAAUUACCACAAACUAACUAUAUCUGCUUUACGCUUGUAAGUUGGUCACGCAGUACAAGAGAAAACUUUGACCCAACAUUAGUCUGAUAUUUUCACAUUUGACUCUUGUUCAUAUUAUGGGAUGUAUAGAAAAUGCAAAAUGCUUCUCUGCAGCUUGAAAAAAACACAAACCACUUUCCUCUAAUGUGACAAGUACCUGAUAUAUGACCAGAUGUCAGCAUACCCUUUGGAGUGACAGUAACAAAUUGUAUAAAUAUGUAUUCUUUGUCCAUGACUGUGAUUGUACUGUAGAGAGAUUUCUGCAGUGACUUGCAGUACUUCUAAUCUUUGGUCAGCGUAUAUAGACAGAACUAACUAUGCCUCUCCUCGAAAGCUGCACUCUGAUCCUAAUGCUGUGAUGUCAUACCACAUCUAAAAAGUCAAAGGUAAGAUGAGGGAAUUGAUUUGUCCACAUUUCACAUAGUUUUUGUUUGUUUAAAUUAAGGAUAUUAAACCAUUUUUAUUUAAUGAGCUAGAUGUUAUUACAUUAUAUUUGGACAGGUUUUUGUUUGAAGAGCAUCCAAGUUGAUGUAGUUGUUUUGUGAUUAUUAUUUGUAGUUGAGCUUUAGUCACCCCAGUGCUCUACAGAGCAGCAAGCACAAGCUACAGUGUUUGGAAAAGUUUGUGAUUGGCUGAAAACUGGAAAGAUGUGGAAAAAGUGCUAUUUCUGAUGUGUCAUAGCUUGAUGUUCCAACACGAACUUAACCACUCACCUUAUGUUUUUAUAUGUUGUCCCUUUACUUGAAGGAGUGGCUAAUGUUUGAAGGAGGCAGACUGAAGUGUCUAAAGUGUGAUUUCAUCUGGACUUAAAAAAGCAAAAGAAAGAUUCUGCUUAACUCCAUUUCUGAAGACAUCGUGUUCCACCCAAACCCCGUUUGUCACAGUUGCAGCCAAAUGUUGUGUCAUGUUUUAUAUACGUGAUGCUGUAUUCUGUGUGUGACCUUGACCAAUCAUGUGCUUUGCUCAGUGUUUUGCCAUGUGCUUGCUAUGGAGUUGUAUUCUCCUCAGAGCGCCAAUACUACUUUAAGAGAUGACCUGUCCUGCGCUUGUUGGCUUGUUCAAAGCCAAGCUUGCUGACAGAGACUUUGGUCGUAGGACCAUUCUGUAAUGCAGUACUGGAUAUAUUCUGAUAGAACCAAAAUAUUUCAAUCACUCUUUCAAUAUUAAAUUCAUAUUUUGUAUUAAUAUUUACUAAAUUUGUAACAGACAAACUACUUAAUAACUUUUAAGGUGAAAAAAUUGUUACACGGGGAAAAAGGAAUGAUAAAAUAGAAUGGUGCCACAUGUCUUCAUUCUUCACUAGCAGGAGUCUGCUGAACAGAAGCGCUCCUGUCCUGCCUCUGUUGGCUCAAUAGAAAUGCUUCCAACCACCAGUGGCACUGGAGCUGCAUAGAUUCCUGUCUGUGAAUGAGGCUGAAAUGACUAAAUGUGAUUUUAUGUCAUUUGUAUUGACCUCAAAGUAAAUAACCUCGCACUGUCACUCUAACUUUGUUGUAGUCCUUCUUAAAUGGUGCGGUAUUAAUUGGCCAUGAUGAAGGGGACAUUACCGUAACAAAUGUUAAGCAUGUGCCUACUUUACUCAAAUGUUAAGGUUCUGUCAGAUGUCUUUCCAGGACUGUAACAUUGUGGUCCUCAAUAAAAUUCAAAAAGCCGUAUCUUGUGUGGAACUCCCAGAAAAACAAAAUAGCAUGUAACUGGAUGAGCACAUUGUGAUCAAAAAUACUUUGCAACUACUCAGAUUGUAAGUUGACAUUGACUGGGUGCUGGGUUGUAGUAGCCUCUGAAGAAGGCUUGGCUGUGAGACGGCAAGGUGACCACAUGGUCUUCAGUAUUACAUUUGCUUCUCCAGCUACCACAUUAAACAAAUGAUGGUACUACGGAGGCCAAAAGCAUGACUGAAAUAUAGAACAAGGAUUCAAAAUGAAAUUGCUUCAUUUUGGGGUAAAAAUGCUAAAAAUCCUCUUAAUGUGAAUUCACCCAAAUCAGACAGAAAUGCUUGAGUUAAGGUUGAAAUGCAUCCACUGACUGCCAGACAGAAAGGUGAACUGCCUCUCCCUGCCAUUCUUUGUGUUGUUUACAUAUCAUGAAUAUUAACUUUGCUGUAGCUGUUACAUGUUCUUCUGUAGGAGAGGAGUGCCCCUGGUACAGAGUGAGUUUCUCCCUCUAAGCUGUACACAUCUUAUACCUCCCGAAGAGUUUUAUCUACUUCUGAGACAUAAAACACGUGUUGACAUUUUGAAUCUUUGCCUUGCUCCUGUCACAUUGUAGUGAAAAUGUUGCAGUCUGAGAAACUCUGUUAUAGGUAUUUUUUUCUUCGUCACUGAAAUGAAAUCUAACAAGCAAGUGUGAUUUCACCUACCCAUUUGCUUUCACUGCUUUACUAUCAGGGCAGUUUAUCUGGAAAUCCAUCUAAAGUAAAAGACUAAUGAAAUAGAAAUACUAUCUAAUCCUCUACCCUGAAACAGCUGGGCACUGUACUUUUAAGUGUUAUUUUAAUGCUAAUAGUCAAUGUUAUUAGCGUGCUCUUAGCCACUUAAUAAACCUGCUUGUGAUAUUGGCUCCUCUUCAACCAUUGGUUUAUUAGCUUUUCUGCUAAGAUGAUUGAUGAUGAUCUGUGUCUGGAGAAGCAUAAAUCUGUUUAACAGAUACAGUGUAUCUCAGAAAGUAUCUGACCCAUUUCUUUUCUAAUACUCUCCUGCUUUCAUAAGCUCAGUACAGGCUAUAUAGUGACUUUUUUCACACUAUACAUUUGUAAACACAACCGGAAGCAUAAUUUUGUGUUUCAGCGCAGCUUUCUUCCAUUUAAGUGCCCAGUGAUUCUAACAUGAGUUCAGUUAGAAGAGUGAAGCUGCCACUACUGCCGCCCUCCUAAACUCUAUGGAGACAGUGCUAGUUUAAUGAAAUGCCCUUGUUAACAAACUUAAUCCACGUCUAAUUUUUUCUCAACAAUGUGACAGGCAGCUUGUGCAGUCAAAAUUAAAAGGUAAUGUUUAAGUAUCCAAUGUCUCUUCAAGUUUGGUCUCGGUGUACCUGUCCUGUUAAUCACACUUGGAUAACUGCUGCAUUUUGAAAGCAAACCAUCUGUGAAAUGUGAACAUAAAUCUACCAUGUCGAGUAGAUGUGUGUAUCACAAGACACAGUGGUGCCUUCUGCUCUGGGACAGGGUUUGGGCAGCUCAGAGGGUAACAGCAGAAUUCAGUUCUGGCAUUAUGCCAGAUGUUCUUUAGAGUGCAGCUGACAUUUUGUGGUCACUGGUGUUUGUAUGUUCAUCAGCUGGCUGAGUUGUGAUGUCUUCUAGCAGCAUCUACAAAGCAGAGGGCUACAUAGACAAUGCGCCAGUAAUCAUGACCCCUGCAGUACCUCCCAGAAACAAUGUGAAAUAUUAGAAAAGUUUUUUAAAAAAUCAACUGAGUCAAUGUGGCCUUCUUGGCUUGAAUGAAAAGCUGUGCUCAUGCCAACACAUUUAUGCUGGGUAUCAUUUCUAACUCUUUAAUGUUAGUGUUGAUAUGAUGCCCAAGUUUCUGUACCACUAAAACAACACCUAAAGUAAGCCAAAGUUCUGGAAUGUGAAAUGUGUCCAAAACUGCUAAAAUGAUGCGAAGAAUGAUUUGAUCAAAGAGAAAGCUAGAGUAUUAUGGAUGUGGCCAGAUGCUUUAUGCCAACUCUUGGUACAACAUACCUGUUGCUCAGUACCAAGAAGUUUUGAUCCUCAUCCCUCCUGUGAACUGUGGCCCUGUAUCUGUUCUUGUCUUCCUCUGAGCUCAGCCUGUCUGCUGUGUGCUGCUUAGAGGGGUGUGUUACAGACAGUACCAUCAUUCAUACUGUGUGUGUUACCUAAUACCUCCACUGUGCAAUAGAUCAUGUUUACGUUUGUUGUUUUGUAUGUUAUUUGAAACCAGUCUGAUGUUUUUGACGUUAUGUAGCGUAUGUUCUUAACAUGAUUUUUUAUAGAUCCUCAGCCAGCCACUCCUCUGGACUGACUUUGUAAAAGAAAUCAUGUUUUGAUUUCAAUCCACUACUUACAGAAUCUACAAGCUUUUCAUUGCACAGUGAAAAGAUAAGAAAACACAAUGUUCAUUAUUCACGAUUAUUUAAAUAUCAGCAGUGUUAUUAGAUGUUAAAGAAAUAUUUAAAGAUUGGUUGUAGAUGAGAAAUAUAUUUACUGCUUAAUAAUUUCCUAGUUUUAAUGUUCAUUUCAUCAAAAUGCUGAAUAUUUUUAUUUUGGUGUGAAGUGUUUGAAUUCUGUCUGUACUGACAUGCUGAUGCUUAAUAGUAAGUGGUCUGAUUUGGGGGGACUUCUGUCAUUUUUUGUUUACUCUGAAGCUUGUUGGAAUCUUUUUUUUUCUGCCCUCAACUGCUCACCAUCCCAUGUAGGCAAAGUAAUCAGAGCUGUCUUUAUCAAGAUGCAUACAAUGUGUAUACAGUCUAUAUAGUAUCAUGUCUGUUAUAUUUGUCCGAUAAAGAGUGAGGAUGAAGAAGAAAAAGUAAACUUGUUAUGAAACCAUUUGGGGGAUUGGCUACAAUUACACUAACAGCUGAGGAGAGAACAGAUGUUGGUUUACUUUGAACAGUGAUCCUCUCUACAUGGUCUGUACUGUUUACUAGAAUAAACAUUUCAGUUAAAAGAGAA